GAUUUAUAAUGGUUUUUUGUACCAUUUCGUACAACAAAUAAUACAUAUUCUGAGAUUAAUAUUUAAACAAAGUUAUCAUGGAUGUAACACAAACUGAAUCCACCAAUGAGGACCCCUUGUUAUGGUGCCGCGCCUGCCUUUCGACCGACGGAAGACUGUUUAAUAUUCAUGAAUAUAAACUUGCUGAUGCCUUCGCUCGUAUCACAGGGACAACUGUCUCCAAGGAUAUGCCACAACACCUAUGUGGAUACUGUGGCAUGCUGCUGCGCAAAUGUGAAUCUUUUAGAGCCAUGUGUUUACACACACAACAAUAUCUAUUCACGGAGCUUAAGGACAAGCUGGACCUAGAGGAUAUUCGCAAAAUAAACACCUGUAACCAGUUCCUUAACCUAACUUUAACAGAUGUAAAAACCAUUGAAUGUAUUGAUAUUCACCAAGAAGACAUAAAACAGGAACCAAUAAGCAUUGUAGACAUAGACGGCAUUAUAAAGAAAACUGAUACAAGAACAGAAUUUGCAAAUGAAAAACAUGUCCGUAAUAUACCUGCGAAUAAACUUACGUAUAUUAAAAAUAGGGUGAGAAAAAUAGAGAAUGCUAUCAAGAAAAAGAAAGAAAUAACAAUUGAUGAUGAUAAUGAUGAUAUUAUUACGGACACUAAAAUUAAAAUGGAAAUUGAUGAUAGCAAUAGUGAUGAUAUCAAAAAAGAGCUCGAUAUUGAUGAUGAUGAAGACGCCAGUGACGUAAAUAUUGUUAAGAAACCAAUGAAAAGGCAACAAGAAAAAAAUAAAAAGACUGUACUUAAGAAGAAUAAAUUAGAAAUGAAAAAUAUAAAAUCUAAAGAUACUAAAGUGAGAGAAGUUAAAAAGAAAAAAGUAAAAAGGAAGAUGAGGAACCCAGAAAAUAAUUAUAUGCCAGAAUUUGAUUUUGCUAAAUUUGAGAGUGCACAUGCUGUGAAAAUUAUUACACUGAGUAAAGAAGAGCAACUGGAAGAGAUCGCCGCCCGUAAGAAGUCACAGAACUAUUUGGAGUCUCGGUUUCGGUGCGACACCUGCGGGAAAGGGUUUAACGCGGAGCCCGCAUUUAACAACCAUCUAGCGAGGCACAGUCCGAACGAGGGCGAGUUCGCAUGCGAGAUCUGCGCAGUACGCUACAAGAAGAAAUACAGAUGGCAGGUGCACCAGGACGUGCACCGCCUCAAGUUUGUGUGCAACGAAUGCAACUACGUGUCUAGAGACAGGGGCCAAGCGAAAAGACAUUACGACAUGCACGCGGGCAAAACGUACAAGUGCGAGCACUGUGAGAAGAGUUUCAAUAAGAUGACGUCAUAUUUGACGCACAUACGCGUGGUGCACCCCGCGCAGUGCGCCGCGUGCGACGUGUGCGGCGAAACUUUUGUGGGGGAGAACGGACUGAGGAUGCAUAAGAACAGAGCGCAUGCCGAAAAAUCGCAACAAUUUAAGUGCACGACGUGCUCAGCAAAUUUUGAUAGUUUAGAAGCGCUGAACAGACAUAUGGACACGGCCGGCGAGCACACAGACCUGCGGCCGUGCGAGCAGUGCGGCGAGAACUGUGCGAGCGAGGAGGCGCUACAGGAACAUGUCACAGAGACACAUCCGAAGGAAACGUAUCGGUGUGAGGAGUGCGACAUGACAUUCCCCGACGCGACGGCCCUCUCGGUCCACACUAAACGCAAGCACCUCAACCAGCGUCCGUCCGCCGCGGCCGACCGCCUGUAUAACAGGAAAGUGGCCGCGCGCCGCCGCGCCGCGCUGCGCGGCGCUCCGCCCAGGGGGCAGGUGGUGUGCGAGCAGUGCGGACAGAUCAUGCCGAACGCUACCCUGCUGCGGUAUCACCAACGUCGACAUGAUGGCGUGAAACCGUUCGCCUGCAGCCAGUGCCCGAAGACCUUCUACUACAAAACGUCGUUAGAUGUACAUAUACUGACACACACAGGAGAGAGGCCGUUCCAGUGUCCGGAGUGUCCGCUCGCCUUCGUACUGAAGGGGCACCUGAAGCGGCACCAUAAGACUGCGCACCAAGGAAUCCGCGACAACAUCCCGUGCUCCAUAUGUGGACGAGUGUUCUCGACGAAGUCCGCGCUCACUACGCACGUCAACUCCGUGCACCACGGACAACCAUGGCCCAAGAGGGACCGGAGCAAGCGGAAAACUAAAACUAACGCUUAAUGAAUCAAUUAAAUACUUAACUAAUU